AAGGUUCGGAAAUGGAAUGUUUGGACACGGUUACACCUGAGUGCCGGCGCCGCGGACACGUCCCGCUAGCGAGUCCCCCCCAGCGCCCCUCGCCGGCCCCACGCCGCCUUACUCCGGCCCCCGCUCCACGGACACCCCGCUACCCGCAGCAGAGACAGAGACAGAGCACCGGCGCUGUGCGAGCCCCAGCCGGAGUGUGCAGCAGCAGCAGCAGCAGCAGUAGCAGCAGCAGCUAGCGUCGGCAGCAUUUACUUCUUCCUUCCCUAACAAGCACCCCCCGUCCCCUCCUCUCCCCCACCACCACCUUCUCCCCCAUCUUCUCCUCCACCGCCUACAGGUCCUGCCUCAGCGGCCAGCAGCAACCAGAUGUCCCCGGCCGCCCCAUGCCAGGCUGGGCUGGCUCUGCCGCACGGCUUCUGCCCUUGCUCGGGGAUGCAUCUUGUGCCAGCGCCGGGAAGCCGUGGAAGCGCUUGAGAUCGCCGGGGCUGUCGGGCUCCCACCGCCGCCGGGUCGUGGUGCCGGCUCAGGCUGCAAAACCUUCUCAGCAUCCCGAGGAGAGCGGAUGGUCGCGGACACAUGCAGGCCAGGAAGAAAUACAUUCUGACCGCGUUCUGCGCCUGCUGGCUCUUGCUUUUUUAUUUCGGGGGAGCGCAGAUCCGGCAGCUGAAGGUCCCGUCGCGGAGGCAGAGCGAGGAGCUGGCGGCGGCGAGGCGGUGGCCGGCGUGGGACGAUGAGGCGACGCUCAAAAGUUUCGUGGCGAGGUCCGCGGGGGACGGAGGGGACGUCGAGUUGCGGGAGUCUCCCAAAAUCAAGAGGGAGAACAGGGCGAAUGUGUACAAGGACAGCAGAUGCCGAAUGGAGACCUGUUUCGACCUGCCCCUGUGCGAGCAGCGAGGCUUCAGGGUUUACAUUUACCCUCUAUCCAAAACGGAUAAAGUUUCUGAAAGUUACCAAAAAAUCCUCUCCUCUAUUCAAGGAUCCCGGUAUUAUACCCCGGACCCGCUCCAAGCCUGCUUAUUUAUCAUGGGUAUAGACACUUUAGACCGGGAUCAGCUUUCCUUGCAAUACAUUCACAACGUCGAUGCCAAAAUCCAGAGUUUCCCUUUGUGGAAUAACGGUAGGAACCAUCUGAUCUUCAACCUCUACUCGGGAACUUGGCCAGACUACACAGAGGAUUUGGGUUUUGACAUUGGCCAGGCCAUGGUAGCCAAAGCCAGCUUCUACAUGGAGAGGUAUAGACCACACUUUGAUGUCUCCAUACCCUUGUUUUCGAGAGAACAUCCUCAGAAGGGUGGAGAGAAAGGCUGGCUCCUCUCCAACAAGGUCCCACCCAGGAGGAAGUACCUGUUGGUCUUCAAAGGGAAAAGGUACUUGACUGGAAUUGGAUCUGAUACCAGAAAUGCCUUACACCAUAUCCACAAUGGCAAGGAUAUUAUCUCGCUGACCACCUGCAAGCAUGGAAAAGACUGGGUGAAGCACAAAGAUGAUCGUUGUGACCGGGACAACCAAGAGUACGAGAAGUAUGACUAUCAGGAAUUGCUGCAUAACUCCACCUUCUGCCUUGUUCCAAGAGGGAGGAGAUUGGGUUCUUUCCGAUUUCUGGAAUCACUUCAGGCUGCUUGCAUUCCAGUUUUGCUCAGCAAUGGCUGGGAGCUUCCGUUCUCUGAUGUUAUCGACUGGAGUAAAACCGUGGUGGUGGGCGAUGAGAGGCUCCUUCUGCAGGUUCCAUCAACAGUCAGGUCCAUUGACAAUGACAAAAUCCUGGCCUUCCGCCAACAUACCCAGUUCUUGUGGGAUGCCUAUUUUUCUUCUGUUGAAAAGAUUGUAUCCACCACACUGGAGAUCAUUAAGGACAGAAUAUUUACCCACGUGUCACGGAAUAAACACAUGUGGAAUAAACUGCCAGGAGGAUUAUUUGUGCUUCCUCAAUACUCAACAUUUGUAGCAGAUUACCCCUUCUACUACUUGGAUAUGGGUUUAACUCCGAAGAAGGAAUUUACUGCAUUGAUCCAUGCAGUCUCACCCUUGGUCUCCCAGUCUCAGCCUAUCAUCAAAUUAAUCUUGGCACUGGCAAAAUCCAAGUACUGUUCACAAAUAAUUGUCUUGUGGAACUGUGACAAACCAUUAGUCCCCAAGAAUAAAUGGCCCUCAACGAGAAUGCCUCUGAUAGUUAUAAAGGGAGGCCGUAAGACCAUGAGCAGUCGCUUCUUUCCCUACGACGUCAUAACAACCGAUGCCGUGUUGAGUCUGGACGAAGACACUGUACUCUCGACCAAUGAGGUGGACUUUGCAUUCACCGUGUGGUGCAGCUUUCCUGAUCGAAUCGUGGGUUACCCGGCCCGCAGUCACUUUUGGGACAGCAACAAAGGAUUGUGGGGAUACACGUCGAAGUGGACCAAUGAGUACUCCAUGGUUUUAACUGGAGCAGCAUUUUACCACAGAUAUUACCAUUACUUGUUCACAAACUACCUGCCUGCGAGUCUACUUGCACUCAUAGACCAGACAGCCAACUGUGAGGACAUCCUGAUGAAUUUUCUGGUGUCGGCAGUGACCAAACUUCCCUCAAUCAAAGUCACACAGAAGAAACAGUAUAAAGAGACUCUGAUGCAGCAGGGGUUGAAGAGUACUCUCUGGGCCAAUCCAGACCAUUUCACACAGAGACAGAACUGUAUUAACACAUUUGCCAGCUGGUUUGGCGCCAUGCCCCUCGUACAAUCACAGCUCCGACUCGACCCCGUCUUGUUCAAAGAUCAAGUUUCCAUUCUUCGAAAGAAGUACCGUGAUAUCGAGAGACCAUGAAGGCAACACUGCGAACAUUGGCCAAGGCACACAAACGGACAAGACAUGAAAGAGCAGAUCAAUGUCUGGUGUCCCUUUCUUAAAUCUUUGAGACAAUCUUCUGCACAGCCUAUAAGAAGAGGCCAACUGACUUUAUUUUUUAAAAUCACUGUUAUUUACUACAACACAAUCCAUGUGGAAUCAUUUUUUUUUAAAUGUGAUCUCUAAACUGUGACAAUUUUUGAUAGAGGUUUCAGAGAAGUGACCCAUCUCCUCCCAGACCUGUUUAAGAAUGCAAGACUGUACUUCAGCCAAUUCAAACAGAAAGAGGACCCGUUCUUUACAGUUGCUUAUCGUAUAAAUACCUUUCAAAGAUGAGUGUCUGAUAUUUGACAGCUUGUUCCAUCAGCAAGCGAUGGAUGGAUUAUCCAAGAAACUCAGUGGGCACACAACCGUUUCUAUAAUUUCAUUCUUUUUAUUGUAAAACCUACUGGAAAGAGUGCCAUGCCACUCCCACCCACACAAGUCUUGGUUCUGGCCCAAAGUUGUUGGCUGGAGAAAGUGUGUCCCUGUUGUGAUCAUGUCAUAGCUAGUUCGGCACAUGACUGUUUACAUGAAGAUUCAGUGAGUUGGCUUUAAUGUAUAAUUAUUCACCAUUAAAGAAAAUAAUGCAGUUCAAAAUGAAAAAUGCAUGUUCUGCUGCCCACCGGAUUAUGUUGUAUUAAAUUACAUUUUGUCCA